AUGGAGCUGCCAUUGAGUCAACUUCACUUCUCCAGGACACUUUUGCUGCUGCUGAUGUCAAACCUACUGCUGUGGGAGAAAGCUGAAUCAAUUCCUGCAUGUCAUAUUGAAGAGGGAGGCUGUUGGAAUCCCCUUGUAGAAACAUUUAACGGUGCCAUGAAUCGAGCUAAAACCAUCUAUAGUCUUGUUCUUCAAUUACAUGAAGAAUUUUUCCACAACGAAUUCUCUUCCAGUGAAUUUUUUACUAUUGAGGACCGUCUGCAUAGAAGGGAUCAGGUUGUUUUCUCAGCCAGAGCUUACUGCCAUUCUAAUAUCACCAGCCCUCCAAAUACGAGAGAAGAAAUCACAAAUCUGAAAACCAAAAGAUAUUUGAAAAUUAUGAUCAAUUUUGUGGGUGCCUGGAUCAGCCCUCUAUAUCAUUUGGUGAUUGAACUGAGUGCCAUGGAAGGGGUUCCUGAAACUAUCCUUUCAAAAGCCAAUGAGAUUGAAACGAACAACAGAGAAAUCCUGGAAGACCUUAAAUGGAUACUCACCAAGGUCUAUCCUACAGCAAAGAUGAAGGAAAACUUCCCCAGCUGGCCUCAUCUUUCACACUUAAAAUCAAAUGACAAAUAUUAUAAAUUUUUGGCAAUGUACAACCUUUCUAAUUGCCUAAAAACGAAUAUAGUCUACACUAUGUAUCAUCUCAGAGAUCUGAAGUGUCGAAUAACAGAGAAAGGUUGCUAA